CCUGCCUGUGUGGAUGUUACGCGGGUUGUCUGACUGAGUCCAACCAAUUACACACACAUGGCCAGGCCGCCACCUGUCCGUUUGUCUGUCUGUCUGUCUGUCUGUCUGUCGUAUGUCAUAGUCUGUCUUCAUGUCUGUGUGUGUGUUGACGCGCGGGACCUUCAGUCAGUCGCAAUGAAUGAGACCGACAAUGCUCACAUACAUGAUGGAGACGAUUGAUUGCGUUUUUGCUAACAACGUCAUGCCACUCACUCAGCGUCACGUCACAUCGAGCCUUGCGCACCAAUGACCGGCUGGCUCCUGGAGCACAUCACAUGUGCCCCGGCCGCGGGUCGCCCCUGCCUUGGCGCGCCAUGCGUCGGUGGAAGGCGGACGCGCAACAUGAAAACACAAGAAAACCAAGUCAGUCACAUUUGUCGGCAUCAUCGGCCGCAAUGCAAUGGCAGCUGCUACUCAAUUCUACACACCUCCCCUCCCUCAGCCAUUCUGUCCGCUAAUUGGUCACCAGCUAGCUGCCGGCGAGGCUCUGGUGCAUCCACUCGUCGAAGAAGCACCUGCCGUUGGGCGUAUGAGGCCCAUUGAGGAAGGGGUUGUUCGCGGCCUGGGUCUCGUUGGUGGCGAACACCCGCAGGGCCUCGAAGUGGGAGUUGAGAGUGGCGGGCGUCUUCUUCAGGUACUCGAGGGAGACGAAACGGAUGCCGGACGCACGGCCCUGACGAACCAACGAACACCAUUGCAACAUCGAUCACGGCUGUGUGAAUGUGUGUUAUGUGCCAACCCCUCCCCGCCCCGCCCCGCCCCAUCCUCCCUCCCUCACCCGUUGGAAGAAGUCCCUGAACUCCUCGCCUAUCCACGGCCGUGCCUUGUCGCUGAGCUGACGGGGGGUGCCAUGCAGAUACACGGCAAACGACCCCGACACCUGCACCGCAGCGCAGACGGAGACACGCUACUCAGUAAGUAGCUGUGUACAUGAACUUGCCUGUGUGUGUUGCUUUCUUACGUGUUGCCUGAGGGUCUCCAGCUCCUUGCUGGUGAGGGGGAAGACCCCCCGGGUGUUGAGACCCGCAUCGACGAAGUGGACGGCAUCCACACGACUCCAGAAGUCUCCCCUCCCACCCUCACGCAUCAACGCAUUCAACACCACACCACCUGACACACACGUACCACACACACACACACACACACACACAGAGCACAUCAAUCCACACGCCACUCUGCUACCUCUCCCCAGCACGCUCACCUUUGCUGAACCCCACUAGAGUCAUGGGCCGUGCGGCGAGCGCCAUAUCAUCACCAUUCAUAUCAUCAUGACGGCUCGCGAGCCCAUCCCCAUCGCAGCAGUCCCUCAGUGGCACGCACUGCGUACCCCACGCACCAUUCUCGUCAUCGUUUCGCGAGCAGGAGGACCCCGCACAAGAGAAGGAAGGGGUGGCUGGGGUCCGGAUGUGCCUGUCGAGGUUGGCCAGGAGCCGCUGCAGGUGCGUGACGGCUGAGUGAUUAGGGGGCUGUGUGGUGGGGCUGCCUGUGUGGUCAACGGGGAGAAAGUUACUGUAGACGGCAAACAUGUCGUUGAACGACUGGGCGCGGACCACCACCUGAUCGAUCCGAUCAUCGGCAGGCAAACAUGUAUGACAGACAGUACACGGCACGUGUGGCUGGGCUGGCUGGCGCAGUCAAUCCUUCCCUUCGUCACUCACCAGAUGGUCAUCUGGCUGGAAUCGCUGCGCCACGACCCACGCGAGCGCCUCUAUGCUGUACGGCCCCAUCCUACAGCUCCCAGCGAAGUCUGAUAUGUCACCCUGACACACACACACACACAGACGCAGAUGCAUUCAGGAGUGUCCGCAUCCCAUAACGACUGUGCGGCUGGCUUACUGGGAAGAAGAGGACACAUUUGGAGCUCGGCUUUGGCCUGGCGACAGGCGGCUUGUACAGCAGCCAGUUCUGCAGACCAGGCAGCCUGACAGAGAGCAGGGCGGCGAGUGGCUGAAGAGGCAUGCAUGAGCCUCUUGUUUCUCCCUGUCUGUCGAUGUGCCGGUAAGCCUACCCUUCCACCUGGAAGACGCCAAAGGUGAGGACCAUUUUGUCCUCCUUGAGAGGAUCAAUGCCGAUGCGUCUUCUCAGUAUCGGCAGCGUGAUGGGCGCUCCAUGGCGCCACGCGUGGGCCACAUUGAAUGCCAAAAGGAUCAGAAGGAGAAAGGGAGAAAAGGACAUCACCGCUUAGCUCGCAGCUCCCCUCGAGCUCGCGCCAAAAAGAGGAGUCGCAA